UGUUCCAGAACUACAUAGAAAUGUUCACCCUCGUGAGCGGCCUGAUUGGGAAGAAACACUUAGCACAAUGAUAAAAGUGAGACCAUUGGUACAUUUUUCUUAGACUUUUCAAAAGUACCCUUUGUACUGGACCAUUUUCCCCGUCUGUUGCCUACUGUCUAAAGAGGAAUGAGGAUUGAUUAAAACAGCUGGAUUAUUUCCUCCUGAAUAAUCUUGAGGAAGAGGUAAUUUUGGAGGAGGCAAGAGGAGCAGAUGUUCCAGAGAUUCCUGGAGAUCUUAGUCUUAAGACAUGUGGCAAUACAGCCAGUAUGAAGGUUAAACAUGUGAAAAAACCCACUAAUCCAGGACUGAUGGGCUGCGACAACAUUCACAGGUUACCCUUCACUAAAGGUCACUUUCCGAAGAUGGCUGAAUGUGCACAUUUCCAUUAUGAGAACGUUGAGUUUGGCAGCAUACAGCUUUCACUUUCAGAAGAACAGAAUGAAAUAACGAAAAAUGGCUGUGAAUCUAAAGAGCUGGUCUACCUCGUGCACAUUGCUUGUCAGGGCAAAAGUUGGAUUGUUAAAAGAAGUUAUGAAGAUUUUCGGGUACUUGAUAAACAUCUUCAUUUAUGUAUUUAUGACCGACGAUUCUCCCAACUCUCAGAGCUUCCCCGUUCUGAUGCCCUGAAGGACAGUCCAGAGUCUGUCACUCAGAUGCUUAUGGCUUACCUGUCCCGCCUUUCAGCUAUUGCUGGCAACAAGAUCAAUUGUGGACCUGCCCUUACCUGGAUGGAGAUUGAUAAUAAGGGAAAUCAUCUUCUAGUUCAUGAGGAAUCAUCCAUCAACACUCCUGCUGUCGGCGCUGCCCACGUUAUCAAGAGGUACACUGCUCGGGCCCCUGAUGAAUUGACUUUAGAGGUGGGAGAUAUUGUUUCUGUUAUUGACAUGCCCCCAAAAGUGUUAAGCACAUGGUGGAGAGGCAAGCAUGGAUUUCAGGUGGGACUCUUCCCUGGACACUGUGUUGAAUUAAUUAAUCAGAAAGUUCCCCAGUCAGUGACCAACUCAGUGCCCAAACCAGUGUCUAAAAAGCACGGCAAGCUCAUUACUUUCUUACGCACAUUCAUGAAGUCUCGUCCAACAAAACAGAAGCUGAAGCAGCGGGGGAUUUUGAAAGAGAGGGUGUUUGGUUGUGACCUGGGGGAGCACCUUCUGAAUUCUGGUUUUGAAGUGCCCCAGGUUCUUCAGAGCUGUACAGCAUUCAUUGAGAGAUAUGGCAUUGUGGAUGGAAUAUAUCGUCUCUCUGGCGUUGCCUCUAAUAUCCAGAGACUACGCCAUGAAUUUGACUCUGAACAUGUCCCCGACUUGACAAAAGAACCGUAUGUUCAGGACAUCCAUUCCGUGGGCUCCCUCUGUAAGCUAUAUUUUCGAGAGCUCCCAAACCCUCUGCUUACCUACCAGCUGUAUGAGAAAUUUUCUGAUGCUGUUUCAGCAGCAACAGAUGAAGAAAGGCUGAUAAAAAUUCAUGAUGUCAUCCAGCAACUCCCCCCUCCACACUACAGAACGCUCGAGUUCCUGAUGAGACACUUGUCUCUUCUAGCUGACUAUUGUUCCAUCACAAAUAUGCAUGCAAAAAACCUCGCAAUUGUUUGGGCUCCAAACCUGCUAAGAUCCAAACAGAUAGAAUCUGCCUGCUUCAGUGGAACGGCAGCUUUCAUGGAAGUGAGGAUUCAGUCUGUGGUGGUUGAAUUCAUCCUGAAUCAUGUAGAUGUCCUCUUUAGCGGGAAAAUCAGUGCCGUCAUUCAGGACGGGGCAGCUUCUCUAUCAAGACCCAAGUCCCUGCUGGUUUCCUCUCCGUCCACCAAGCUGCUGACAUUGGAGGAAGCACAGGCACGAACGCAGGCUCAGGUCAGCUCUCCAAUUGUGACUGAAAAUAAAUACAUCGAAGUAGGAGAAGGACCUGCUGCACUUCAGGGAAAGUUUCAUACUAUAAUUGAGUUCCCACUUGAAAGGAGGAGGCCUCAAAAUAAAAUGAAAAAAUCUCCCGUGGGCAGCUGGCGUUCCUUUUUCAACUUGGGGAAAUCGUCGUCCGUUUCCAAGCGGAAGUUGCAGCGGAACGAGAGUGAGCCUUCCGAAAUGAAAGCCCUGUCUCUGAAAGGUGGCAGGGCAGAAGGAACCCUCCGUUCAGCUAAAAGCGAAGAAUCUCUUACAUCUCUCCAUGCAGUUGAUGGUGACUCCAAGCUGUUCCGACCCAGAAGACCCAGAUCUAGCAGUGAUGCACUGAGUGCCUCUUUCAACGGAGAAAUGCUGGGGAACCGCUGUAAUUCCUAUGAUAAUCUGCCCCAUGACAAUGAGAGUGAGGAGGAAGUAGGGCUGCUGCAUAUUCCAGCUCUUAUGUCUCCUCACGCAGCCGAGGACGUUGACUUGAGCCCACCAGACAUUGGCGUCGCCAGCCUGGAUUUCGACCCAAUGUCAUUUCAGUGCAGCCCCCCUAAGGCUGAAUCAGAAUGUCUGGAGAGUGGGGCUUCCUUUCUAGAUUCAUUAGGAUACUCCCAGGAGAAAUCAAGCUCCAACAAAAAGGAUACAGAAGCAGGUGGUAGCCAGUCUCAGACGCCAGGAAGCACUGCAAGUUCUGAAGCCGUCUCUCCUCUUCAGGAGAAACUGAGUCCAUUCUUUACUCUGGACUUGAGCCCAACCGAAGAGAAAUCAUCCAAGCCACCCUCAUUCACUGAAAAGGUCGUCUAUGCUUUCUCUCCAAAGAUUGGACGGAAAUUAAGCAAAUCACCUUCUAUGAACAUAUCUGAGCCAAUUUCAGUGACUCUUCCCACUCGCGUAUCAGAAGUCAUCGGGACUGUGUCAAAUACAGCAGCUCCAAAUGCAUCUUCUCCAACCUGGAGCAAAAGUGUUGAAGACAAUGAUGUCAUAAAUAGAUCCCCCACCCAGGUAGGAAAGAUGAAAACAAAUGAGAGAGAGGCCCAAGGAGGAUGUGAGUCUGAAGUCCAGCCCCUAGACCAGGGGGCUGCUGCAGAAGUAGAGUCUCCAGGGAAAGAGGAGCAGGUCGUCGCGAGCAGUCAGAGUAAGGCUGUACCUUCUGGACAGACUCAGACAGGAGCAGUUACCCAUGACCCCCCUCAGGAUUCCGUUCCUGUCAGUUCAGUCUCUCUUAUCCCACCACCACCGCCUCCGAAAAACGUUGCCCGCCUGUUGGCGCUAGCAUUAGCUGAGUCCGCGCAGCAAGCCUCAACUCAGUCACUGAAGAGACCAGGGACUUCCCAGGCUGCUUAUUCACAUUAUGGAGACAUAGCAGUGGCUGCUACCGAAGAUAAACUGCCCAGUCCCUACUCUAGUGUUACUCUAGAUAAAGCCUAUUUCCAAACUGAUAGGCCAGCAGAGGAGUUCCACCUCCAGCACAGUGUAUCUGGGGACUGUGACCAGCCUAGUCCAGAUCCAGCCGCCCCUGGGAAUCUUCCCCAUGCCAGUGCAACCGAAGCUGGGGAGCAGCUCCACCAGGCAGACUUCCCAGGGAGUUAUCCAUAUCGAACCCAUUUACCUGGGGACCCAGACAAGGCCAGAAUCACUUCUGUUGCCUUAACGGACUCUAAGUCUGAUGAUCACCUAAGUUUCCCUGAAGACCAGUCCGGGAAGACCAGUAUGCCAACUGUCUCCUUUAUGGAUCAGGACCAGGGUCAGCUUCAUUUCUACAGUGGAGAGCAGCCUCCUUAUCUUGGUGCAAGUAUGGAUAAACCCCAUCAUCACCCUUCAGAACUUGCAGACAAAUCUCCCACACCUUCUAAUUUGCCUCGGGACAAAAGCUACCCUCCUUCUGGGUCCCCUGAAGAGAAUCCCAGCACGGCCACCAUGGCUUACCUGACAACUGCUCUAGCAACAGCCGAGAUGAGCACCAGGGAAGCCAGCUGGGAUGUGGUUGAACAAGCCACCACAGCUGAUUGCCCUGCUGUCACCCUUCAGCGCCCUCCGAGAACUAAUCGUCCCCUCCCCCCACCUCCUUCCCAGAGAUCAGCAGAGCCGCUGCCAGUCAUGGGGCAGGUACAGGCAGCCACCAACAUAGGACUAAAUAAUUCCCACAAGGUGCAAGUAGUCCCAGCUCCAGAGAGACCACCUGACCCCAGAGCCAUGGAUGACCCUGCACCCGUCCUGGGCAGUGAUGGCGCAGUGGCCCAGUGUCCCAUCUCUGGUCCUGCCCUCCAGCCAAGCCUUCCUGAAAAGGCGCGGGAAGGUGCCAGGGCCCCACCGUUGCCCCUGCGUGCCGACUCUGUCCUCCCUGUGUACUCAUCCUGUGGCUUUCCUGCACCGGUUCCCCCGACCAGGACAAUGGAGAGUAAAAUGGCCACAGCCGUACACUCCAGCAGUGCGGACGCCCCCAGCAGUUCUGGCUAUCAUCCCUUUGCCACUGCUUCCUCAGCCUCUGUGGAUGACGCUCUGCCUUUACCACUCUCCGUCCCACAACCUAAGCAUGCUUCACAGAAAACGACUUAUUCCACCUUUGCUAGGCCUGAUGUCACCACUGAACCCUUUGGGCCAGAAAACUGUUUGCAUUUCAAUAUGAAUCCAAACUGCCAGUACCGUCCCCAGAGUGUGCCUCCACAUCAUAAUAAAUUGGAGCAACACCAGGUGUAUGGUUCCAGAUCAGAGCCACCAGCCUCCAUGGGACCUCGUUAUAACACAUACGUGGCCCCGGGAAGAAAUGCAUCUGGACACCACGCCAAACCAUGCAGCCGAGUUGAGUAUGUAUCUUCUUUGGGCUCCACAAUGAGGAGUAGUUGUUACCCUGAAGAUAUUCCCCCGUACCCUACCAUCCGGAGGGUACAGUCUCUCCAUGCCCCUCCAUCUUCCAUGAUUCGCUCUGUUCCCAUUUCCCGGACGGAAGUUCCCCCAGAUGAUGAACCAGCCUACUGCCCAAGACCCCUGUACCAAUAUAAGCCAUAUCAGUCCUCACAGGCCCGCUCAGAUUAUCAUGUCACUCAGCUUCAGCCUUACUUUGAGAAUGGUCGGGUCCACUACCGGUAUAGCCCAUACUCCAGUUCUUCUAGUUCCUAUUACAGUCCAGAAGGAGCCCUGUGUGACGUGGAUGCCUACGGCACGGUACAGUUGAGGCCCCUUCACCGCCUACCCAAUCGCGAUUUUGCCUUCUACAAUCCUAGGCUGCAAGGAAAGAACUUGUAUAGUUAUGCUGGUUUGCUCCCACGUCCCCGGGCCAACAUGACUGGCUACUUCUCUGGUAAUGACCAUAAUGUAGUCAACAUGCCUCCAACUGCUGACGUAAAGCAUACGUACACAUCAUGGGAUCUUGAGGACAUGGAAAAAUACCGCAUGCAAUCCAUCCGGAGAGAGAGCCGCGCUCGGCAGAAGGUGAAAGGUCCUGUUAUGUCCCAGUAUGAUAACAUGACCCCAGCCGUGCAGGAUGACUUGGGUGGGAUCUAUGUCAUCCACCUCCGUAGUAAAUCAGAUCCUGGGAAAACUGGACUUCUCUCGGUGGCAGAGGGAAAGGAGGGGCGGCAUCCAGCCAAGGCCGUCAGUCCUGAGGGAGAGGACCGCUUUUAUAGGAAGCAUCCAGAGCCGGAGUUUGAUAGAGCCCACCACCACGGAGGAUAUGGCAAUGGACAGUCAGAGAAACCGACUCUCCCUCAGAAGCAAAGUAGCCUCAGGAACAGGAAGCUUCACGACAUGGGUUGUAGUCUCCCUGAGCACAGGGCACAUCAGGAAGCAAGCCAUAGGCAGUUAUGUGAAUCAAAAAAUGGGCCACCUUACCCACAAGGAGCUGGCCAGUUAGAUUAUGGGCCCAAAGGGAUUCCAGACACUUCUGAGCCAGUCAGCUACCAUAACUCUGGAGGGAAAUAUAUUCCAUCGGGGCAGGAGUCUCUCAGACUGAACCACAAAGAGGUGAGGCUCUCCAAAGAGCUGGAGAGGCCUCGGGCUAGGCAGCCUCCUGCCCCAGAGAAACACUCCAGAGACUGCUACAAGGAGGAGGAACACCUCUCCCAGUCGAUAGUCCCACCCCCGAAACCAGAGAGGAGUCACAGCCUGAAACUCCAUCAUACUCAGAAUGUGGAGAGGGACCCCAGUGUGCUGUACCAAUACCAAACACAUGGCAAGCGCCAGAGCAGUAUGACUGUUGUGUCCCAGUAUGAUAACCUGGAAGGUUACCACUCCCCACCCCAGCACCAGCGAGGAGGCUUUGGAGGAGGAGCAAUGGGGACCUAUGUCGCCCCUGGCUUUCCCCACCCACAAAACAGGACAUAUGCUACAGCUUUGGGUCAGGGGGCCUUCCUGCCCACAGAGUUGUCUUUGCAGCACCCUGAAACACAGAUUCAUGCAGAAUGAGCCCUGGAGCAAUAGAGAUGAAGCAGCCUCUGCUGGACAGUGGACUGUUCUAUUUUUUUUCAGUAACCAAAAAGAUUAAAAAAAAAAAGCUACAAUCCCCCCGACCACAUUAAAAAAAAAAAAAAACAAGAAAAAUCACCAUCUUUUUCCCCUUCCCUGCUUCAUUACCAUCUCUAGACUGUGAUUUUUGUCAUUAAAAGAAAUCUGAAUGAUUGUAAAGCACUGUGUUGAAAACCUAGUGAAGAAAUUUGUCACAGACCAUACUUGCCAUAUGGGGCUAAUUUGUCAGAGCCUGAGGACUGCUUUUAACUGAAUUUGAAUUUAACUUUGUCCUUCUUAGUAUUUGCUACAUAGCGCAGAGCAGUUUAUGUCUAGUUCCUGGUAGGCUUUUGCAUUUCUGUUGCAUUUCUACUAACUUUCUCAGUAGCCAUGCAGCUUGCCCAGGUCGACACUUGGUUUUUGUCACUCCGUUCUCCCUGACUUUGAAGGGUCUCAUGCGUUAAAUUAGAGUGGAGAAUAACUUCUCCCUGAUCCUUCAGAUGAAUCUCUCAGACAAUUAGCACAUUAUAAUUAAAAAAAUAUAAAGGAUUGAAGACUUUAAGCAUCCAAUAAAGAGCCAUCAUAAAAUGCCAGGCUGAACCUGGCAUUUACAUUUAGACCCAGGCUGAACCAUGUUCUGUACAUUCUUACUUCUUAGAGUCAUUCCUUGCAGUUCAGUGGGCAGGCUGACGUCAACUGCAGAAGGGAUUUCUAAAGUCAGAAGUAAAGAAACUUCUUAGGCAGAAGUCAGUGAACUUCGGUAGCACCAUAAAACCCUGUCAGUGCUUCUAACGUGUUGCCUGCCUUCAGUUAUUUUUUUCCUCAAUAAUAUUUGGUAAAUUGUAAUCCUAGUGAAACAUUUCACGCCAUUUGUUCUAAAGCAACUUUUUUUCCCCCCAAUUGGGGUGAAAAACAAAACCCAGCAUGACUUGACUGGAUAAAUACCUAUAUUUAUCAUGAUUACAAAUUUACAUAUUGAUUUCUGUUUCUGAACCAGAGUACAGGUUUCUUGGGAACUCUUCAGGUAGCUUUGAAUUAUUUGUUAGUAAACUGAAAGCCCCUGCAAUAAUUACACUCAGUGCACCGCUCCAUCUCAGCAGUUGGAAUCCCCGGCAGUGACCGUGUGCGUCCUAAGGGACCCUUGUGCCGUGCGCUCACAGUCUUACUGUAAUUGCCAUUUUUACACCAGCAUUUCAGAUCUAGUCCUUACAAGCCCGUGGACCUGUUACACAUGUGGAAUACCCUGGACUUCCUUUUGAAAGUCACGUUCCCGGCCAGACAGCCGUCUGACCUGACUCCACUCCGUCUUCUCAGCAGCCCCCCCUCCCGCCCCCCGACCACAUCAGCACCAGACCGACCAGGCUGUCCUGUAUUUACAAACGAGUUUAGAUUGUCACUGCAUUCCAUAACUCUCAAUAAUACUUGAGUUUUAUACAUUCACAUGUUUUAAAAGCUCAGUUUGUAGAAGACACUAGGAGAAUUUCAUUCCAUUUACUGGAUGAUUGCUGCUCUGGCUUUUUAAAACUUGGAAUUAACUUUUCUUUAGAGCAAAGGAAGAAAUCUUUUAAGAGGCUAAAUUCAUGCUGCUAUUAUUGCUGUGAAGUUGUAUAAAGAUUAGGAUUCAUGCCAGUUUUUUUUUUAUUUAAAAAGAAAAUCAUGUGAUUGCAUUUUAAGGGUUUAUAUUUAGAAAAAAAUAAAGUUUUAAGAACACAUUUAUUUAUAUGUGGAAAUACUCUAUAAGAUUUUCUUUUGUUUCCCCAGAGUUGAUGAGAGGAAUUCCUUCAGUAAAGAUCAUGGUAGCAGUCCGGACAUACUGACCUGUGAAAGGUCUGUGGACAUGUCUUUGCAUGAAACAUGCAAACCCAACGCACAUAGAAUCACAGUGUUAGGGAACCUGAUAGGAGAUUUCCUUUUAGCACACAAACACAUGAGGUGCUAUAUACAGGAGUUUGAUCUUUGGCGAAUAUGCAACUCUAACUUUUUUUUCUUUUUUAACCUUAACCAUCUUUGUGUCAAGUAGGCAACCCAUUGCCCCUCUGAAAUCACACACGCCCCGUAAGUUCUCACCAGCAGCAUGGAGCAUAGAAAGGAGCCGGUAUGAGGAGGAGGUACAGAUGGCGUUAGUACUGAGAGGUCCAAAGGAAGCCGCUGAAGGAGUCCCAUCCAGUUUUAAUAUUUGUGGAUUUAUUGUUAUACACAUUGUUCACUCCUGAACCUAAGUCUAUUUUAUGAAUGCUAAGGUUAAUUCCUCAAAACAAUUACCUUAUUCAUGUCCUAUGGGCUUAGAAAUAUCAGGUAAAUAUUUUGAAUACAGAAUAAUGACCCAAAUUACUGGUAUAAUUGUGAAACACCAACUUUAGGUAAAAUCCAGAGUUGUUUCUUUUCUUGUAUGUAGAGACAGCCUUAACUUCGGAUUCAGUUUUUUAAGGGACUUUGCCUGUAUCUUUCCCUUUCUAAUCCUGGAGGGUAGAAAUCGCACAACAGAUCACUGUGAGCCAGGUGAACUCAGCACAGUUCACCUUGUGUGUGACUUCACAGACAGUAAUGUUCAAAUUAUGAUCAAGGAAAUGGAGCUGCCUUAUGCAUUAAACCCAUAAUUUAAUUCUGUUGGUAUUUUUAUAGCCAUGUCUCCAGAUUUUAUUUUUUUGGCAAAACUCUAAUGUCACAGUUUGGUUUGAUUGAAACAAAUAUUCCCUGGAUGUCUGGCCAGAGACUUUGCUAACAGCCCCAGAGGUGCCAUUUUCUUAUUUAUUUCAUCUGAGCCUUACUGCUUACUGUAUUCAGUUUCCUUUUAAACAUGCAAGUCCCCAGGAUGGUCCCACGGAUAGGGCCUACACAUUUUUAUAAUGGCAAAGCAUUUUUUUUAAAGUUAGGGUCAGGUUGAAAAAUUCUAGGACUGACUCUGUCAAGCAGAGGGACCAUCAGUAUGAGUGGAGAUAAAAGGGUUGAUAACCACAUUUGAAGCAGCAGUAGAUGCAUACAUUGUAAAUUGGAAAUUUUCCCCUUGAGUUUAAAAAGGAGCCUGCAAAGUCCAUAUUAUCUGUUCCCAGCCUUGUUUGUCAAUCAUCUAUUCAUUAUGUUGGCAAAGUAUCGUCUGAGCAGUGUGUGUAAGGAAAUAAUAAUGAAAGCGAAAGUAUGUCAGAAAGUUACUUCCAAAUGGUUAGAGGCAUGUGAUUUUCAGUACUGUGUGUUACGGAAAUGUCAGGAAUGGUAUAUUUUAAUGUCCGUGUGCACAGAGGGUCUUUUUUCCUUUUCUGAUUAGUACUGUUAGUGUUCAAAGAAUAAAAAUGGUUGUUUUACAGUUUAGAUUCUAAGGUAGCAAAACCUGAUUUUUCAGCCAUGAUCUGCAUGAGAGAAGCAUCCUAGGAAGUCUUAGCUCAUACUUUUGAGUUCUUAACUUUAAUUUAUAUAGUGUUUUUUUAUGUUUUAAUAUUUUUGUGAACUGGUGUAAAUUGUUAAUGCAUAUAAGCUUGUGUAUUUUUGUAAAUAGUUUUGUGAUUUAUUUCUUGACCCAUAUGUAAAUAUUUAGAGUCUCAUUUCUUCAAAACUUAUUUGAAGCUGAGUUGUGGGCUUGGGGUUUUGUUUGUUUCUUUGUUUUGGUUGGGGGAGGGGGGAGAGAAGAGAUUUUGUACUCCAAUAAUCCAGAUGGAGAUAUCUUGUGGUUUAAAGCAAAUGUCCCACUGAAAGCAAUUCAAAUAUCAACAAAAUUAUUUCAGGUUAAAACAGA